AUGGGUAAUCUUGACAUUGAGACCAGCUCGGCGGUUGCUGAGCGCACGUCGGUGGAUCAUAUCGACAAAUCUUCAGUUGGAGUUGGCCGAACCGAACUGAGCCAUGCGCUGCCACCACACGCCGACUACGAAGGCGGCCAUCGGUGGGACCCCGCGGCUACUUGGACCCCCGAGGAAGAGAGAAGAGUCGUUAGAAAGACUGAUAUAAAGCUUUUGAGUUGGCUGUGUCUUAUGUUCAUUGGUUUGCAAUUAGAUCGGGGAAACCUCAGCAACGCCCUCGCAGACGACCUUUUAACAGAUCUCGGACUAGAUCCAGAUAUCUAUAAUAACGGUACAACGAUCCAGGUUUUGUGUUUCUUGCUCGCCGAGUUUCCUGUUCAGUUCCUCACCAAGAGAUAUGGCUUCAAAAACAUCCUACCCACCCUCAUGGUUUGCUGGGGCCUCGUUUCAACUUUUCAGGCCUUCAUGACUGGACGAACCUCUUUUUAUAUCACUCGAGCUCUGAUCGGGUUUUUUGAGGGUGGUUUCAUUCCUGGUGUUGUCCUUAUGGCGACCUACUUUUACACAUCCAAGGAGUUGUCGAUUCGACUAGCCGCUUUCUGGUCCUCGCUCAACGUAGCACGUGUCAUUUCAGCUCUCUUGGCUGCUGGAAUACUCGAAAUGCGAGGCGUUGGCGGUAAGCCCGGAUGGUUCUGGCUGUUCCUCCUCGAGGGUGGUCUCACCGUUGUUAUUGGCCUUGUUUCGAUGAUCUAUCUCCCAACGUCUCCCACGGGCACCAAGUCUGUCAUCUGGCGCAAGUCGUGGUAUACCGAGCGCGAAGAGGUCAUUAUGGUCAACCGUAUCCUUCGAGACGAUCCCGCCAAGGGUCUUACGGCAUUGAAGGAGCCGUUGACAUGGCAGGACGUCAAGAAUGCAUGGACCGACCCCUCGCUCUGGGGGUUGUACUUCAUCGGUCUUAUCGCAUACAUACCAGCAUCGCCCGUGCAAGCGUACCUGACUUUGACAUUGAAGAGAGCUGGAAAGUUUAACACUUUGGCCAGUAACCUGCUCACGGCGCCUUCGGCAGCGCUUCAGAUCUUCACCAUGCUUGCGCUCGCUUAUAGCUCGGAAUACUUUAACGAACGAACAUUCCACUGUAUUUUUGGAGAGAUUUGGUCUCUUCCAUUGCUCACAGCGCUCUUGACUCUUCCCGAUGAAGGUCGUGAGUGGGGUCGGUUCUCCAUCAUCACCCUCAUCUCGGGCUACCCCUACUUUCAUCCUCUGGUAUCUUCUUGGAUUUCAGAGAAUUCUUUUGAUGUGAAAAAGCGAGCAGUCGCUUCCAGUACAUACAACGUUAUUGUGCAGAUGGGAAGCGUUACCUCGAGUCAAAUCUACCGAAAGUGGGAUGGACCGUACUACAAGACCGGAAACAAGGUUUUGAUCUCGAUUCUGUGUCUUUCUAUUGUUGUGUUUCUUGCUCAGAGGCAAUGGCUUGUGUACCUGAACAAGAAGAAGAUCGAGGUAUGGGAGCAGAUGACUCCAGAGCAGAAAGUCGAGUACCAGACGGACAAGGAGCAGCGAGAGAUUGACGGAAACAAGCGACUUGACUUCCGAUUUGCUUAUUAA